CAGAUGUUGUAUUCAGACGGUCAGGCGGUGUAUCGUCUGCUCGUUUCCUAGCAACCGUGUAUGACAAUAUUGACGGAUGAUACGACGAAAACUAAGCCAUCCGCGACUCGGCUUAACAAAUUGACAUGCCUUACAUGUUCGGUUGAGAGCUGGCUUAAAAGGUGAUACAAAGUUGAUCCUGAUGGGGAACCUUUGAAACACGCCAGAGACUACCUCAUUGUUCCGAUGUACCAUUCAUCAGGAGGAGCUGCUUCUGGGUGCUUGUUGCUUCAGAUGUUGGCAUUACCCACCUGGCUUUCAGGAACUAGCUAAUUAGUACCUGCUGGAUAUUUGGAAUGGUUGAAAGUAUUAUACAACCCAGGAAACAAGGACAAUCUGCAGACUAUCAACAUGGCGUGGUUUCUGAUGUUGUGUCGGAGGACAUGGUAGUCUGAGCUCUGAAAGGGUCCUUAUUCAAAUUAGUGCUCUUGCUGAUGGUGCUAUGUACGGUGAUGACUUUUGGGAGUGUGGAUAUUCAUGUGUGUGUCAAAAACAAUGACCGGGGUUAUCAGUUUUAGCGUGGAGUAAAUCCCAUGGUUUCUCGAGCUUUGAUUAAUAGGUCUGUGGUAUAUAGGAUUAUACUUGCUGACGGAGGAAUUUCUGUACGGAUCGGCAAGGCCGGACUCUCAGUUUAUGAUACCCUGGGAUCUCAUUCAUCUGACAAAAACUCUCGAAGCUACAAGUGGCAGUUUAAUUGGAUCUGUAAAGAACAGGAUUUGUGUCAAUCAGACCUGAAAUCUCCUACAAUCCGAAGAGUUGUUGAACUGUCGUACAACUGAACUUGAAAUUGGUCUGGAGAAAUCUACAUCUCUAAGUGUUCAGUGUAACGCUAGGUGGGCCUUCUCUCGGGAACAGCGACCUACUUCAUCGCAUCACACUUCGCAGCAACUUAACUCUGAUACCGAAAUAUUUGUGUCGACCAAAUAUUUGUCGCUUCACCUGAAGGACAACCUAGUUCCGAAGCCUGGGAAAUACAUUGAUUUUCUGCGGUGAUUUACCGGCUACUGAGAACACAUCGGCUACGUUCGUACACCUGUAAUCAGAACCUUCCUCACCUGCAGACGGACUGAAACAAUGGAGGUGAAGUGUAGUGGACGCUGGUCAGGUGACGUGACCCCCAUGGGACGCCCGGCACGAUGAAGUUGCGAGACUUUGUAGCCAACUCCCUGCCAAGGGUCCGCGGCAAGAAGAAGAAACAGAACCAGGUACAGCGUACACUGAACAACGAGCGUUAUGACGCCAACAAGAACAGGAACAAGGUUCCAGACGCCAACGCAUCGUGGGAAUGUAGCCAUGACAACAACAACAAGUGCCCACCAGAAGGUAGCUGCGAGUAUGCCCUAAAUCAGGCCGUGAAAACAGUGUGCGGAGAGAUUAUCGAUACCUUUAAUAUUGACACUUACAAUUACCGUGUUAAUAAUUCCCUGGGAGAGGAUCAAUACACAUGCUACAACGACCUCUCCUCUUAUCAGAAAACAGAAGAGGCCGACAAGAAAAAUGAGGCGGCCAACAUAAGCAGCGAUAGUGAGAAACAGUUCAACACUGUUCCCAAAACCAGGUCCAGGAUCCGCACCAACCCCUGGCUACCUUCUCCCAGAAGCACCCCGUCUAACUCCUCGGGGUCCUCCAGCCCCACCUCCUCGGUCACCACAUCCCCCCUGAGCCCUAUCCACCACAAGCUGAGGUCGCUAUGUAUCAAGGAUAGCUGUACUCUGUCUACAACCUCCUCCGACAGCCUCAUGGAUACAGACCAGUCAGCAUCGUCCCCGGACUCGGCUUUGGGGGACGUCGCAGAGGCAGCUGGGGUAUUGGAUCGUGACAAAUGGAGCGGCAGAUUCGAUCUUUCCCAUCUACCCUCGUUUAAAGAGGAUGGGGCGUAUUCCUACACGGCCUGGGAUACAGACGCCUCAACUGAUCUCUCCCCUUGUACGGAGAACUGCAACUGUAACGAAAAUAUUGGCGAACCUGAACAUAAUAUAAGUUUCGAGUAUGAGGAAGCUUUGGAUGAUACGCUUGAAAAGGGGUCUGUGAAGAGAGACAUUUCUUUGCAAGAUCUUCUGGAUGAUGAUGCUCUGAAAGAUGUUGCCGUUCAAACUGAGUUUGAGGAUUAUGAUGAAGACUCGGACUGGCUGAUUGACGGCAGUUCUGAUGAAGGCAGUACCGAUCUUGCCAGUGGAGAAUGUGUAAAAUACUGUUGUGUUCGAGAUAUAAUGCAGGAUUCGACUGACACAGGAUAUUCGAGUUUAGGACGAGAUGGACAAACGGAACUUGAUGAUGAGUUCCAGUUUAUCAAGCCGGAUCAGUAUCAGCAAACAGAGCCUUGCCAAGCCUCGGAACCAGAACAAGGGAAGAUCACUCCCACAUUAACCAGUAUUUCAGAAACAGAGUGUGUCUGCGAGGCUCUUCCAACACCAGAGGUACCUCCCGUCGAGGACGACCUUGACACUGAGAAAGAGCGUUACGUGACGAACCGAUAUCCAGAGGAAACGUCAGGUCGAACCCUGCAAGAAAUCAAAACAAGCCUGGAAGAGAAGGUCUUCCUCCUUCGCCAAGAGAAGAGAAUCGUUGAGCAAAAGAUCAAGGAGGCACAGGAGGAAGAGAAAAUACGACAGCAAGAAAAGAUGAGAUUCCAUCGUCAACUGAACAUCCACAGGAAGCAAAUAUUGCUCAAAACCCUUCAUGAUCUCAAAGCGAAACUGGAGUGUCAGAGUGAACGUCUACAGGAUAGCUACAGUGCUGUGCUCACAAUGCAAAAGAGGUUUGCCCAGAGAAACUCGCCGCUUCUUCUUCUGGCUUCCUCUUCCACGUGACUAGCGGUUCAGCCAAUCAUCAGCGCUGAUACGUGUGACUGAAGGAUAUGUCCUCCAUUUUGAAUCAAAAGUAUUUGGAUCUUGUGGUCGUAAUUUUGAUCUGACGUCUGUUAAUGUUGGUGAGAUUUUGAGUGCUACGUUACUUUUGAGCUGUGUUAGUUGAGCGGUGUCAUUGAAUCCAAAUCAUUAGUUGUAUGAGCGCAGUUUUACAUUGCUUAAGUGCUGAAUGGAUCGGAGCGGAAGUGAGCUGUUUUUACACGAAGCUGAGAGUUGCACGGUUCGCUUUGUUGAGAGUGAGGCCGGAAGUGACGUGUGCAAUGACAGCUGCGACAGUGUACAACGUGUACAUUUGUGACAGCAAAUUAUUGAUGGGUGCUUGAGGUUCAUGAAUAUACUGUUUUUUCUGAAAGUGAUAGUGCAGGAAGAAUAACAAAACCUCAUCAACAUUGCCAUUUCAGCUGAAUUGCAAGCGGUUUGUUUUCCCUACUAACUGGAGGUUCUACAACUGAAAGAUUGUGUAACAUAAAGAAAGAAGUAACACAAUUUUCAUAUCAACAUGUUUAUACCACCUUGCAACAUUGGUUCUUAAAAUAACUUGCAAUAGAUUCAUAUAGGUUCUUACUUCGUUCCUCUAAAUCAUUCAUAAUGAAGGAAUAUUUUUCUAAAACAAAAAUAGCAAUUGUACUCAUUGGGAGUGUAAUUUAUGUAUUCUAAAUAUGAUAAAGUCAUCAAACAGCUGGCGAAGUGAAAAAGGGAAACAUUUAUGUAAGGGAAAGACUUCAAAUAACAUAAACCUUGCGAUAAAACAGACGAAACGGCAAUGAAACUUCUAAAUUCAAUUUAGGUGUCUGGUGUUAACAGUUUGGCGAUAUCGUGUACCUGUCGCGACCCUGUAAUGAAAACAGGUGGCAAUACAUUCUUCCUAUAACCGUACGUAAACAUAGGUUGUGUUUUUGGCUCUCAUAAGCUAACUGUAAAGAUGCUUUGACAAUUUUCCAAGAAUUGGCCACAUAUUUGACAAUUCUCCAGUUACAUGGCUGUUCGUAUUUUGGCCUUUAAGUACUUCUGUUCUCGAGACGUACAUACCGUGGCAAAGCAGACAUUUGACAUUAUUUGAUUAACCGAAUGUCGAUAAUAGCAGUGGUAAACGACGUGUUUUUGCUUGACGAGUUGACGGCGAAAAACAGCAUGACGAGAAAAAACUGAGACAUUUGUGAAACAGUUGUACGGGUUUUUCUUCAAGAUGAGAUACUUAAAAAGUCUUACUGCAUUUGUGUGUGUAGUCUUUGUGGCACUUAUGGUGAAUAUCGUAUCGGUUUUACAAUGUAUGUAUUUUUACGUACGUGGUGAUUGAUCACUUAAUCAAGGUAUACCAGCGACAUCAAAAGAACUACCGAUGAACCUCAAAGAUGAGGAAACAGAAAUGAAUUAUUUCAGGAAGUCAUUGUUUUUAGACCGAAUCCUCAAGGAGGAAUGUUAAUGACGCUGUGGUAUUUAUGACCGAAAUGGACACCAGUGACAUGGUGAGUCAUUGUGCAAUGUUUACAAUAAUGUCAAUUUCCAAUCAUUUAACCGCCUGUCAAAAUGUCCACGUGGAUGUCGUGCAUCCUGCCGCUUGGCUCAUUUGACAGCCUGGCCGUGCGACUUGCCAGAUUUGAAAAUAUCGAUUGAAAUUUAAAGGGAGUGCUUUAUUUCACUCUGUUUGAAAUUGUACAAAUCUGUUUAAAGUAAAAAGCAACAGAAUUAGUCUUGCCUUUCUUUUCUCCAUAAUUUCAGGUUCAACAUAAUUUGUUGUAUUUUACAAAACGGCACUCAUUCUAAUUCUCGAAUGCAGCUACGUCAUAAUAGAAACAAAUUUCAAUUUGCUAUGCAUGCCGCUUAUAAAUUUAUGAAUUUUAGAUUUUUUCCGAUAUGUUAACAAUACGGGGCUAGAAGAGACAAUAAUGAAUUUUAUUGACGAAUAUAUUACUUGUAUUAACUGAAUAUGUCAACUCUCAGAAGCAUCUAUUAUAUCUAGAUGAAGUUAGUAUGUAUGAAUUCUGUCAUUCUCGUGUCUUCAUUUCGACAAAUACAUUUUCGUUUCGGUGUCUUUUGCGUUCAUCGUUUUCGUAAAUUUCAGUUUGACACUUUUUAAAACUGAAAUUGCUGUUCCAUCUUUCGGUUUGGUUACCAUGGAUAUGGACGUAAAAGACAUAUACAUGUAUGUGUUUCAUAUGACCUAGUUUGUCUCUGAUUCUUAUUCUUGAUUCGUAAUUUGUUAUCAUCACAACAACUUUGUCCCUUGCAUUGCAUGAUCUCUUUCUCUUUUCCAUGUGUUUGGAAAUUGACAUCGUUGUCUAUUUCUUUUCUUGUCGUUGGUAUUUUGAACAAAUGGCAGUUUAAACAAUUUAUUGUAUUUUGGGCGUGUUGCUCUUUUUGAUCCACAACACAUCUCCGUGGUCUGAGCAGUGACGCUAAAACGUGACCCGUGUUGCACGAGUUUAGACUAUCAGUAUUGUUUACAGUAAACGUUUAUUCGUGGGCUUUACGUAUACCUCUGAAAGGGAUUUUCCCAGGGGGAUAAAAUAUAUCACAUAAUUGUUCAAAUCAGUGAAAUUGACAGCGGUGUAGUAAUUUCACUAUUUUGGAAUCAUUUCAAAUUGUUAUGUAUCUUCAAUCUUCACUGUUACUUUUGUCAUAGAUGUAUGUGAUUACGGACACGAUUAAAUGACAAUGAAAUGACUGUUUUGUUUUGGGGGGUUCAUUGUGUGGUGAACUGCAAUUAAGAUAACUCCUCGAUCGAAUUGAACAAAAUGAUAUCGAUUGUGGUUCUUUUCAUUUCUUAAACUGAUUGUUAUACAUUUGAAAUUUUUGAUUCCUGUUAGUUUGGUUGCAUAUAUCGUAUAGCUAUAUGGUGCUGACGUGAGUCUCUAUAAAAUAUGGAAGCCCAUUGCGGUCACAAUUUGUCUGCGUGCGCGGCUGUUAUAGUGUAUAUGUUAGUUGACUUGGUCUUGUAUUAUAAUGUUAAUGUGAUUACAGUUAUACCCCGUCGUCAUAGAUUUGUCAUUCAUUAUGCAUUUCAAUAUUUAUCGUUGUCAUUUCUCAACCACUAAAGUUGCAUUUGGAUUAGACUCGUUUACUGCAUAUUUCAUGUUCAUUGCUUGGAUGUCAGUAUCUUAUUCGAAAACAAAGACUUGACAAAGCUUGUCGAUUUCAUUGUUUGAUAGAUUCAUCUUGAAGUGACUGUAAUGUUUUGAUGUACAUGUUGUAUGCAAUAAGCGUUCUAUUUCAAAUGUCAAUUUCACACACAGUUGUUUACUUAGCGGUAGUGAGAUUCGAUGUGCCAAAUAUUUGUAAAACCCACCAAAGGUAAUUAUUAUCACUACUUUAUAUAAUGAAUGUUUGUAAACUUCAAAUACAUUCAUAAGUUUUCUUCGUGUUAAUAGGGCGUAUGCGUUAUUGUGAUGAUCAUGUAUCAGUCUUGACGAUGAAAUGAACGCAGUGGCACAUUGAAGAAACGGUCAAAGGGAAGUAACUCUAAUUUGGAGCUGCGGCCAACAGCAUCAGGCCGGUUGGUUGUUGUUUUUAACACACGAAUCUGUCAAAUUGAAAAGUAAGAUAAACCUUUAAUCAAAUUAUACACAGUAAUAUUUCUGAUGAACAAAUCAUAUUCCUCAAAAUAAAACACCAUAUCAAUGUGUACAGGAGUGUAAGUAUUGGGCGUCCUAUCACAAACCACCUUUGUAUAAAUUUGUAUUUUCUGUAAAUUGAGAGUGCGAUAUUUAUUAUUAUGCCUGAUUGACAGGGGUGUACAUAUCACCUGACUUGAAAUUGAUUAGGGCAAUAAAUAAAAAAAGUCCAAUAACAAUGAAAGAGACUUGUAACUACCACUGUCAAUGUGUAAAAUACGUGGACAUUGUAAUUUCAAUCUUGCCAAAAGUAAAUUCUAUAAAAGUAAAAAAAAUAAAUAAAUGCAAUUGUUUCGGAAUUGUCACAUUCCUGUAAGAGGCUUUAACUGUUAUGAAGUAAUUCUGAAGAAGCUUCGUGUAGAUGUACCCGUCUAUCUCCCUACAUCGGUAUGGCGUUUGUGUUGGUUAUUGAUCUGAAAUGCUAGAUGGUUUAUUAAUUUAUUGUUUCACAGCGUUACUUGGCAUUUGUGUUGAAGUCGCUAUGUCUAGUUGACGUGCAAAUAAAUAGAUCUCAAAAUAA